GACGCGUACGCAUGGAUAGACUGAUACGCAAGGAGUGGGAGAUUGGCAGGAAGGGUAGUUAUUUGUACUCUAGCAAAAUCAACGACCGUGCAUUUUAAUGUGUUUGGUGCCUAUACUCCAAUACCCCAAAGAAUACUACAAAACCAAUCUGGCAAAUUUUGGGGGAUUGAGGGCUCGCUUGUCCUUGAAGCAACCUAUCUCCGACUACGACGACGAGGAGGAGUGCAGGCCUUGGCGUCGCAGGAUUUUCAUGGCCUUUACGUGGGGCUCCGCCCUUAGGAUCACUCUCCUCCUCCUCCUUCUUGCCGCCGUCGUUACCGCUUGCUUCACUCUCCCCGUCGAGAAGAUUCUGAAGGACUUUUUAUUAUGGGUUGAGCAGGAUCUUGGACCUUGGGGUCCCCUUGUGCUGGCUGUUGCCUACAUUCCUCUUACAAUCUUGGCAGUUCCAGCAUCUGUAUUAACUCUCGGUGGUGGUUAUCUUUUUGGGCUGCCUGUAGGCUUUGUUGCCGACUCUAUUGGUGCUACUGUUGGUGCUGGGGCUGCAUUCAUUCUUGGCAGAACAAUUGGGAAAUCAUUUGUGGUUUCCAAAUUGAAGGAUUAUCCACGCUUCCAGUCAGUUGGGAUUGCAAUUCACAGAUCUGGAUUUAAGAUUGUUUUGUUGCUUCGGCUUGUUCCCUUGCUGCCAUUUAACAUGUUGAACUACCUCCUGUCUGUGACUCCUGUUUCAUUAGGGGAAUACAUGCUGGCUUCCUGGUUAGGAAUGAUGCCAAUAACGCUUACAUUAGUUUAUGUUGGAACAACUCUCAAGGAUCUUUCUGAUGUGACACAUGGAUGGAAUGAGUUUUCAAAGACCCGUUGGGCAUUUGUCAUAUUGGGCCUAUCGGUAUCUGCGGUUUUGCUUAUUUGUGUUACCAAAGUUGCCAAGGCUGCUUUGGAAAAAGCUUUGGCUGAAUAUGAGGAUCUUGAUGGCAUUUUAGCAUCCCCUCAGCUGCCCGUUGUGGCUGAACCAGCUGUGGAUCUCAACCAACCUCUCAUAAUCAAGAUAGACCCUUCUGAAGACAACCAUGAAAAAUGAAAUAAAUGGUCUAUGUAAAUUCUUCCCUUACCUUCCUUUAACGGCCAUUUUCAAUUAUAAGAUUUUCAGCAUUUGAUUCUUGUGAUGCUGUUUGAUCUGUACAGUCCCUUAUUUUAGCACUAAAGUUUUGGACAGGAAUGGCUGGUUUUAGAAAGAAAUUGUAGCUCAUGUCUUGAACUGGAAAGCAAGUAAAAAACCAAAAUUAGAAAGAAAAAAAAAUAACUGGAAAAAUAAAGAGUAAAGGAUGAAUAAAUUAUUGCUUCUCACAUUGUUGUAA